UCAAACAGAGCUAUUUCUCCUCUCUCUCGUCGCCUCUUCGUCUUCGUUCUCUCCCCUCUCCCUCGUUUCCAUGGCCGAUGCGGCGGAGGAGAAGAGAUCGAGGUUCGAUGACGUGCCAAUGGAGGAGGAGGAAGCAAAAGCUUCGUUGUUGAAGGAGAUCGAGUCUCCCUCCGACGAUUCCGAUUCCAAAUCCUUUUUGGAGAUUGCCUGCAAGAGCUCAGGUAAAGUUCGGCGCUUUGCUGCAGGAACAGAAGCAAGGUUUGCACUAUAUAGUAUUAAUCGCAAAUUAACUGCCGGCACUCUUCCCGCCUUGUAUAUUGAGGCCGUCAAGGAGGGGGAGGAACCGGUGAUUUUUGGUCCCAGGACAGUUUUGGUUAAUUAUGGCCGAGGUUGGAAGUUGCAGACAGUUACUGAAGAAGUCGGCGACGAAGAUGCAAGAGGAAUGCAGUCUACAUCAGUCAGUAACAAGAAACCACCUGAACUCCAGUCUAUGAAGAAGCCUAGUGGCAGGUUAACACUUCUGACUUAUAUUGGGAAGAUACUGCUUACCUUUGCCUUCAUGUUCCUUCUUGGCGGAGUAUUAACUAUGUUCCUAGAAACUCUUCCGAGCUUACUCUUAUUUGCAACAUCUUUAUAAUUCGUCUGUUGACUCAAUGCUCUUAACAGUUUUCUGUAUAACUAAAUUUUCUCUGGAUAUUGCAGAUACACGAUUUAUGUCAAUCUUAUAUUUUUGUACUUCUUGGCCAGAAACUCACAGUAAUAAUAUUGCAAUUGGAAUCUGAA